CACUACUACAGUCCUCAUUCGAUCUUGGCAAAGUUUCUACAAUGAAGUGGUGCUUGUUAGUAUGUUUGGUAGCAGUGGUGGUGGAAGCGGUUCCCUUCGAGGGACCGCGGUGGUCCUACCACGAGAAAGUGGGAAUUCCGAUGUCUGAGCAAUUAAAGAAGUUUGAGUUGGCAGCUAAUUCUAGCAGAGUUGUCGGCGGCACCUCCGUGCCUCUUGGCAGGCAUCCUUUCAUGGUGGGAGUCGUGAUCCACUUGUUCACCCCGUUCACAUCUAUGUGCGGAGCAUCUCUCUUGACGCACACGCGCUCGCUGACGGCGGCGCACUGCUGGUACGACGGCUGGCGCUGGGCGCGCAUGUUCACCAUGGUCUUCGGCUCCCAGACGCUGCAUAUUGGCGGUUUGCGUAUCGACACCGAAGAUGUUGAGAUGCAUCCCGACUGGAACACAGUGAAUAUAAACAACGACAUCGCAAUCGUCCGGCACGAUUGGGUUGCCUUUAAUGACAUCACCAGGCCCAUCAAUUUGCCAAUUGAUCAAGCAAACAACGAUUUCAGUGGAUCUUGGGUGGUAGGUGUUGGCUACGGAAGACAAUACGAUGGCCAGGUUCCCAUAUUUAAUCCGGACUUGAGAGAGGCUCACCUUCAGGUGAUUCCAAACGAAGAGUGUCGUCAGGCGUUUCCUAAUUUCAUUAUAGACUCAACUCUCUGCACAACAGGACCUAUUGGGAUUAAUGUUUGCCAAGGUGACUCAGGUGGUCCUCUGGCGCUUGGAACUGGCGAUGACCGAAUUCUGAUUGGUGUUGUUUCGUUCGGAACUUUUAGCUGUGAGGGAGGGCAUCCCUCUGCUUAUGCGCGAGUGACCUCGUUUUUACCCUGGAUUCUAUCAAGAGCUUAAAUUAUUUCAAUAAAUAAUAUGAAUAACAUACCA